AGUAAACUGUUAGUCUUAUUAAGAGAUAGGGCAGAGAAUAAUACAGAACCAAUUUUGUAAAUCCGUGGCAUAUACUUACAAGAAUAUUUUUCUGAUCUUGGUUGUCUGCAUAACUAACAAGGAAGAAGAGGGGUAACUCAGAGGACAAUAGUAGUGGGAGGCCUGUGAAGACUUCAGGAAUAAGAGAGUUUUUUAUUUUUUUCUAUUUAUAAUAUCUAAGGAUGGAGAUUGAUUAGGAAAGUUGUAAAAUCUCUGUCACUGGAGGCUCUUAGGCAUUGGUUGAAGAAGUAAACGGAGGUACUGGUGGUACUUACUUGAGACGAGGAAGGACUGUAUGAUCUUACGGACUUAUAUUUCACUGUGUUAUAAGAAUUAUAUUUGUUUUAUUAGAAUGGCCAUCUGUUUCAAGUGGAUAAAAGUGACUGUUUCUUCCAGCCAGUCAUCAGCUUGUAGAGAUCACUAGUAGAAGUAGUGAGGUGAGGAGAAUACUAGGUAUGAAAAAAGUAGAACUUUACUAAUGAAAAAUAUCCCACUUAUUUUUAUAUUACCGUGGAUAUAAAUACUAUCUUGUCAGAGCAUAAAUCAGCUAACACUAGAAAGGCUAGAAAAGAGCCUCAUGAACUGUCAUUUUUGGAAAGUUUGUUCCACUUCCCUAAUACAGGGCUAUCUGCAUGGUUCUCUGUGCUGGGACAUUGUCAGGGCACAGGUCCUGGAACGGAAUCACUGGUUUGUUGCGUAUGCAUUUCCCUGGUUUGUUAAACAAGGAGAUGUUUGGGCGACCUGGGAUGCCAUCAGGAGCUCGAAUGCCCCAUCAGGGGGCUCCCAUGGGUCCCCCAGGUCCUCCAUACGUUGGAAGCCCCUCAGUGCGACCUGGGAUGCCCCAGACCGUGAUGGAAACAACAAGAAAACGCACUGCACCACAGCAGGUCCAGCAACAGCAGGUGCAGCAGCAAGUGCAACAGCAGCAGCAAGCCACUCAGAACCGAACCAGGAGAUCCGGGAGCUGGUUCCUGAGUCCCAAGCCUACAUGGAUCUGUUGGCCUUUGAACGCAAACUAGACCAGACCAUUAUGCGGAAGCGUGUGGAUAUUCAGGAAGCGCUGAAGAGGCCAAUGAAGCAAAAGCGGAAACUGAGACUUUACAUCUCCAACACAUUUAAUCCUGCAAAAUCUGAUGCUGAUGACUCUGACGGCAGCAUUGCUUCAUGGGAGCUGCGAGUGGAGGGGAAGCUCCUGGAUGACCUCAGCAAACAAAAACGGAAGUUUUCGUCUUUUUUUAAGAGUUUGGUUAUUGAGCUGGACAAAGAUCUUUAUGGACCUGACAACCAUCUUGUGGAGUGGCACAGAACUCCUACAACCCAGGAAACGGAUGGCUUCCAGGUGAAAAGACCUGGUGAUGUCAGUGUGCGGUGCACAUUACUCCUCAUGUUGGACUACCAGCCUCCACAGUUUAAACUGGACCCACGACUAGCCCGUUUGCUGGGCAUACACACACAGACCCGGUCAGCCAUCAUCCAGGCUCUCUGGCAGUACAUCAAAACAAACAAGCUGCAAGACUCCCAUGAUAAAGAAUACAUUAACUGUGACAAAUACUUCCAGCAGAUCUUUGACUGCCCACGGCUAAAGUUUUCUGAAAUUCCUCAGAGACUCACUAACCUGCUGCUGCCACCAGACCCUAUAGUGAUAAACCAUAUAAUCAGUGUUGACCCAAACGAUCAGAAGAAGACAGCUUGUUAUGACAUAGAUGUAGAAGUUGAAGACCCAUUAAAGGGACAGAUGAGUAGUUUUCUUCUCUCAACAGCUAACCAACAGGAGAUUACAGCAUUGGACAACAAGAUUCAUGAGACAAUUGAAUCUAUAAAUCAGCUAAAAAUACAACGUGAUUUCAUGCUGAGUUUCUCCAAAGAUCCCAAAGGAUACAUCCAAGACCUUCUCCGGUCCCAAAGCAGGGAUCUUAAGGUGAUGACUGAUGUAGUUGGAAACCCAGAGGAAGAACGCAGAGCUGAAUUUUAUCAUGAGCCAUGGUCUCAAGAGGCUGUGAGCAGAUAUUUCUACUGCAAGAUCCAGCAGCGCCGGCAGGAACUGGAACAAUCUCUGGGAGUGCGCAACACAUAAGUACUGUUCACAAGAUCCCAUUGGCAUCAUGACCACCAAACCAGUGGACUUCCCAGUGUUACUUAGCUCACUGUUACACAUGGACCUGCUUGCUGACUGGAUGAGAAUGUACCAUCAGCACACCAGUCAGAACACCAGCUUUGAGUGACCCUUGAAAAUCUUGCCCAUGGGGGGGGCCCCAAACAAUUCAAGGCCAGAGACAGCGCCAUACAGGUGUCAGUGUUAAAGAAGAUUAAAGGUUCAUUCAUCAACGCACAUUAUUAAGUUUUAGUGGAAAGUUCAGACACUACACAGCAAAUCCUACUGGGCUAUGCAUAGAAUUGUGGGUGGCACUGAAGGGGAGGUUGAGAUAGGUAUUAUAGGAGACUACAGAUUUAGAGAAAUAAAUGCAGUUCUCAUACUAUUUA